UUAGUUUUAAAUUGUCAAAUUUCGUACUUGCACGAAGCACAGCAUAAAUGUAAAUUAUUUUAAUCAGUAACUGUAUGAUAUUUAUAUUUUAUAAAUUUAAACGAAAAAUUUUUUGAAUACCAGACCUAAACGCAAUGGCUGACUCUCCAAGCGAACCAAGGGCAAAGCGGCAACGCGUGGACAAAGCAGGGCGAUACGCUGCCCUGGAACGGCUGAAAAAGUUGAAAGGCAACAAGCACAAAUAUGAAGUUGAAGAAGAAGUGGACAAUGUUUAUGAAGAAGUCGAUGAGCGGGAAUAUGCGAAGCGAGCCAGAGAAAAGUAUGGCGAUGAUUGGAUUGAGGAUGAUGGCACUGGUUAUGCCGAGGAUGGGCGCGAUUUUUUCGAGGAUGAAGAUGAAUACUCUGAGGAAGAAGCUAAUGAGAGAAAAGGCAAAAACAAGAAACAGAGCAAGAAACGGGCACGCGACAGUGAUAAACCGGUGAAGGGAAAAGGUUCCAUACGGAAUCUCUUCAGUAAUGCUGUGCCAAGGAAAACGCAAGUAGCUACAUUGGCAGAAGAUAACAUACUGGCCGAUAUCUUAGGCGAAUUACAUGAAAAGCCCAAAGAUUCUACUUUGAAUAGCGUUCAAGUGGGUUCUGAGACUGAGAUGAAAUCAGAAAGGUUAAUAGCACCUGCUAGGAUUGUAAGUAAAUCAACAAGCAAAUCUGAUGCUGCGCUUGCUAAAGAGUACAUGAAUAGUUUUAUAAGCAAUAUUAAAAUGUCCGAAGAAGUAAAAAAGCCUGAGCAAACAAGUGAUGAUGAAUUGUUGGACCGUAUACUCAAAACGAAACCUACAGUGGCGAAGAAAAAGCUGCUUGCGGAAGAAGUUAAAGUCGACUCUGGAAAGACAAAUGUUGUAGAUCAAUCAGACGAGCCAGUAUCUACUAAGACGAUUAGUGCCGCAGUUUCUACAGAAAAGUCAACAGGACCAAAGAAAGUAAAAGAAUUAGAGAAGACAAUUCCAAUAAAGGAAACACACGCAACUGAAAAUGAUUUUCCAGACGAUGAUAUGGAUUUUAGUUGCUUGCAGGACGAGGAAAAUAAAAUUGAGGAGGGCAAAACUGCUGAAGUUGAAACACCAAAGGAGUCACCAAAGAAACCGACGUUAGCAAAAGCUGUUCCAGCUAAAAAUGCCGACGAUUUAGAGAAUUUGUUAAGCAACUGGGAGCAAAUUUGCCAGAUGGACAAUUUUGAACAAGAAACAAAAAGUGAAAGCAGUACGGCAUCGAGUUCCACUGCUGAGGACACGUUAAAAUUCUGGUACUGGGAAGCUUGGGAGGAUGCCAAUAAAUGUCCAGGUGAAGUGUUUCUUUUUGGACGCACGCCGGAAAACAAAUCCAUUUGUGUGCGCGUUGAGAAGAUCGAUCGUGUGCUGUAUCUGUUACCACGAAAAUAUUUACUGGAUCCAAUUACGAAGGAACCAACUGAUCAACUUGUGCAACUGAAAGAUCUGUACAAUGAAUUCGAUGAGGAUAUUUCCGUUGAAUUGAAGUUGGAUGGUUUUCGCUCACGAAAAGUUACCAAAAGCUUUGGCAACCAUUCCAUCGGCAUUGAUGUGCCGCAAGUGUGUGAUUACAUGGAGAUACAUUACGAUGGCAAGAAACCACCACCAAAUUUAAAGAAGAAAUAUAACUCGAUUGCGCAUAUCUUUGGCGCCAACAGCACCGCCUUAGAACGGUUUUUGCUCGACCGCAAAAUCAAGGGACCUUCGUGGCUAAUACUGAAACAAUUCCGCACAAAUCCCGCACCCAUUAGUUGGUGCAACACUGAUGUCAGCGUCAGCGAGCCAAAGUCCAUUAUGCUCGCCGAUGAUCCAAAACCAUUACCACCGCCGCCGCUUACUCUAUUAACGCUAAACGUACGCACAGCGCUAAAUCCAAAAACACUGAAAAAUGAGAUCUGCAUGAUUUCCAUGCUGGUGCACAAUCGUUUUCAUAUCGAACGGCGUGCACCACAACCCGCUUUUAAUAGAAGCAUGAUUGGCAUUACACGCCCUGUAAUGGUGGCUUGGCCGUUCGAUCUCAAAGCAAAGUUGUCACAAUUCAAAGCAAUCAAUGUCGCGAAGCAUGAGAAUGAACGCGCGCUUCUAAUGUGGUUCCUUGCGAUGUACCAACAAGUGGAUGCGGAUUUAAUUGUCACCUUUGAUGCAAUUGAUUGUCAGCUAGACGUGAUUACGGAUCGCAUUGCAACGCUCAAAGUGCCACAAUGGUCGCGUUUGGGUCGCGUACGCUUGUCUGCAAACAACAGCGGACGGAAGUGGCUCGAGUGCUUCGCAGGCCGUAUGGUGUGCGAUGUGAAAAGAACAGCUUCGGAGGAGAAAAUCAAGGCGCGUUCGUAUGAUAUGCAAACUCUAUGCCAAGCGGUGUUGGAGAUUAAAGAGAACGAACGAAUGGAUGUGAACGAUGAAGAUUUAUUGCAAAUGUUUGAGACUGGCAACGGUGUACUCAAAUUGAUAACACUGACCAUGCAGGACUCUGCUUAUAUACUUCGCAUGAUGUACAAACUGGACCUUCUGCCAUUGGCAUUACAAAUAACCAAUAUUUGUGGCAAUACAAUGACACGCACGCUGCAACAUGGGCGCUCCGAGCGUAUUGAAUUCCUGCUGCUCCAUGCUUUUACUGAAAAAAAUUAUAUUGUACCUGAUAAAAAGAAGCGCGAAUGGAGCGACCAUAGCACUACAAUUAUUGAUGGUGAGAUAAAUGACACGACGGCACCGGCUGCAAGCAGCGGCCGAAAGAAGGCUGCCUACUCUGGCGGCAUGGUGUUGGAUCCAAUAGCGGGCCUAUAUGACAAAUACAUACUUCUGAUGGACUUCAACUCGCUGUAUCCCAGCAUCAUACAGGAGUAUAAUAUAUGUUUCACCACAGUGCAACAGCCUUACAACGCUGAAGAUUUGCCGCAAUUACCCGAUUCCAGCGUAGAACUUGGCAUUCUACCGCAGCAGUUGCGCCGCUUGGUGCAGUCGCGCCGCGAAGUGAAGAAAUUAAUGGCAAAAACGGAUGUGACACCGGAGCUAAUGAAGCAAUACGACAUUCGUCAGUGGGCGCUAAAAAUAACUGCCAAUGCGAUGUACGGCUGCUUGGGCGCUGGACACUCACGUUUCGCUGCACAGCAUUUAGCUGCGCUUGUGACGCACAAAGGCCGCGAGAUUCUCAUGAAUACGAAAAGUUUAGUCCAGAAGCUGAACUAUGAGGUGGUUUACGGUGAUACCGAUUCCAUAAUGGUGAAUACGAACAUACUGGACUACGAUCAAGUGUUCACAAUCGGCAACGGCAUAAAGCAGAGUGUCAAUAAAAUGUACAAGCAGGUAGAGUUGGGCAUUGAUGGAGUUUUCAGUUGCCUGCUGCUAUUGAAAAAGAAGAAAUAUGCCGCUGUGAAGGUGGAUAAAGAUCCAAAAACAGGUUCACUGGUCAAAGUGCAGGAGCAAAAAGGUCUUGACAUUGUGCGUCGCGAUUGGUCACAGCUCGCAAUUAUGGUCGGUCGUAUUGUGCUCGAUGAAAUCCUUUCAGAUAAGCAACUCGACGAAAAGCUGGAUGCGGUGCAUUCACAUCUCGAAAAGAUACGUGCACAAGUUGAGUCAGGCGUGGUGCCUUUGCCAAUGUACAUUAUAACGAAACAGCUUUCCAAAGCGCCUACCGAAUUCAAUAACGCCUUGUCACAGCCGCAUGUGCAGGUCGCUUUACGCAUGAAUACCACACGCAACCGCCGCUAUAAAAAAGGCGACAUGGUGGACUAUGUCAUAUGUUUGGAUGGCACAACUAAUCCGGCUACACAGCGCGGCUAUCACUUGGACGAGGUGAAGUCGAGUGAAACGCUAAAAUUGGACACGCAAUACUAUCUGGCGCACCAGAUACAUCCGGUGGUCACGCGCAUGGUGAACGUAUUGGAAGGCACCGAUGCCAGUCGCGUAGCCGAAUCGCUGGGCUUGGAUCCGAACAAAUUUAGAGCGGCUGCACAAAGAUCGAUUCAAGAGCGCACAGUGGAUACGACUGGUGAAUCAUUGGUGAAGACUACUUUGCAGAAAUAUCGUGAAUGCGAUAAAUUCAAAUUUGUAUGCAUUGCCUGUAAGUCAGAGAAUGUUGUGGCAAGCGCUUACCGUCCCAAUGCGGAACACUCCCAUGACGCAGUGCUGCAGAAAUGCGCUAAUUCGGCUUGCAGUACCGCGCCGCAUCAGUACAUUGUGGCCAUACGCAAUAGUCUGUUACUCAGCAUACGUUCAUACAUCCAACGUUUCUAUCAGAAUUGGCUGGUUUGCGACGAUCCAUCAUGCAAUCAAAAUACACGCUUCUACACCCAUGUGACGACGGGCAAUCGGCCCAUAUGCCCAUUUUGCAAGAAUGGUUCGUUAGUGCGUCAAUACUCGGAAAGGAAUUUAUACCAGCAGCUGAGCUAUUUCCAGUACAUGUUCGAUCUGAGCAAAUAUCAACAUAAACAUGUUCCACUAACUCCAGAGACUGAGGCUGCUUACCAAACGCUCGUCGACACCGUGAAUGAGAAACUUGGAAAGUCCGCCUUCUGCACAAUCUCGUUGGGGAAAUUAUUUAGCAGUUUCAAACCGCUUGAGCAGAGUGAUGAAAUAUCGCACAAAAGAAUCGAUCUGCCGCAAAUGGAAAUGCAAGUGGCCACUAGCCUCGAUGGCAAUUAAGUCUUUAACUAAUUCACCAGUUAGCGGGGGCUAUAUUAAGCCUUAUGUAGUUCAUUUAAAGAAAUAAUUGUAUAAAUAUUUAUAAGAGAAAGUAUUUUAACGCCUAAUAUUUGCUUUGGGGCAAGUACCAUUUGUUCUUGAAAAUAUCAUUUUUAUUUUUUUCUAAAAUUAAGUCGAGUGUUUAACUAACAUUCAAACACAUAACAUCACUUAUCAACAAACAAUAUAUACUACUAUAACAACAACUGUGAUAACAAAUAUUCAGGCACUUUGUGGCAU